UUCUGGUGGCAUAGCAGAGGGAGGGGUUGGUGUUCGGUGUUGUUGUCUGACUGUUGCUGCUGGGGGGGACACGCAGAGCUGCCAAGGUCGGUGUAAGAACUCUUCGGACCAGACUUCGCUGCUUACUGCUUACAAAGUACCAACCACCGGGGACAAACCGAGACAGCAAGAUAGCGGAUGAUAUAGACAAAAACCUGAGGUCCUCCACCUGAGAAGAAACCAAAUGGGGAAUCUGUUAAAAGUGCUCACUUGCACAGAGCUUGAACAGGGGCCAAACUUUUUCCUUGACUUUGAAAAUGCACAGCCGACAGAGGGAGAGCGUGAGCUGUGGAACCAGGUUAAUUCGGUCCUCCAGGAGUCUGAGAGCAUCCUGGCCGGUCUGCAGGCAUACAAAGGGGCAGGCCAGGAGAUCAGAGAUGCGAUUCAAAAUCCCAACGACCGGAUGCUGCAGGAGCGAGCCUGGAACUCCGUCUGUCCGCUGGUCAUCAAGCUCAAGACGUUUUACAGUUUCUCCCUCAGAUUAGAGGAGGCUCUGAAGAGUUUGUUGGAGUCCCUGACGUGCCCGCCCCUCACGCCCACCCAGCACCUGGAGAGGGAGCAGGCGAUUGCCAAACAGUUCGCUGAGAUCCUCCACUUUACUCUGCGCUUCGAUGAACUCAAGAUGAGAAUCCCUGCCAUCCAGAACGACUUCAGCUACUACAGAAGGACCAUCAGCCGGAACCGGAUAAACAACAUGAACCUGGACAUUGAAAACGAAGUAAACAAUGAGAUGGCCAAUAGGAUGUCUCUGUUCUACGCCGAGGCCACUCCCAUGUUAAAAACACUCAGCAACGCAACCACAAACUUUGUGACAGAGAACAAGACUCUUCCACUGGAGAACACGACGGACUGUCUCAGCACCAUGGCCAGUGUCUGUAAGGUUAUGUUGGAAACACCGGAAUAUUCAAGUCGUUUCAGCAGCGAGGACACGCUCCUGUUCUGCAUGAGGGUGAUGGUGGGAGUCAUCAUACUGUACGACCACGUCCACCCCAACGGCGCCUUCAACAAGUCCUCCAAGAUAGAUAUGAAAGGAUGCAUAAAAGUCCUGAAGGACCAGCCGGCAGACAACGUAGAAGGCCUCCUGAAUGCACUCAAAUUCACCACAAAGCACCUGAACGACGAGUCCACUCCGAAGAACAUCCGGGCGAUGCUCCAGUAAUGUUCCCUCUGGUUUUGUUUUUCUUAAUGCAUAUAUAAAUAGAUAUGAAGAGGAUCAUUGCGCUGACCUCACAUAAGAUGUAUAUGUUUACAUUAUUUAAAAAGACUCAAUGUUAAUACUUGUGUGUAUUUGGAUAGUCAUUCCCUCCGACUCAUUCAGACAUGCAGAACGCAUCCUUUCUGCUUCACA